CGAUGGAGGUUACAAGCAGUAUUGCGUUUCUGUCUUUCUCGCACCUUUUGGCAUGACGAAGCCAAAUUAUAUACAGGUUAAAACAUGAAUUAUAUUAAUAAUAAGUUGUUAUUCGACUACGUCACAGAAAUGUCAGCUAAGAGAACGAAAGAUGUCUCGUAUCGGAAGUUAAAUGGCUGUGUAAGCUUAACGCUCUAGUUUUAGCUUGAUGUCAACAACACAGGGAGCAAUUAUUAUACUCUUAUAAGCUAAUUAUUUAUCCUUUUGGUUUUGUUAGUUAGGUUACUCUCUACAAGAAACAUAAAUCUAUUUUCCAUUUCAUGCGUGUUUGGUGUAAGCGUUAGUGUUUGAAAUAUCAACGUUUGAGAUGGACAGAGAGGAGUCUGACAGGCUGAUAGAGAAAGCCAAACUGUGUCUGCGGUCAGGACGAAAAGAGAAAGCCCUGCAGUUGUUGUACGAGGCGCAGAGAAUCUACCCCAGCGCCCGGGCGAGAGUACUAAUUGAUGCCAUUGUGAAGAAUGGUGGCACAACGCCCCCUGAAGAAGAGCGAACCUUCACGCCUCCACCCGGCUGGAGAAACUCUGAUGAUGACGGCCCCCCUCCACAUCAGCGCCUCGGUACACAAGAGAGAAGAGAGGGGUCUAGCGAUGACAAGAAGAGCUACUCAGAGGAGCAGCGGCAAGGUGUGCUCAGGAUAAAGAAAUGCAAAGACUUCUAUGAGAUUCUGGGGGUGCCGAAGGAUGCUAGUGAUGAAGACCUGAAGAAAGCCUACAGGAAGCUGGCUCUACGCUUCCACCCAGAUAAGAACUGCGCCCCUGGAGCGACUGAUGCUUUUAAAGCUAUAGGCAAUGCAUAUGCUGUGUUAAGCAACCCAGAAAAAAGGCAGCUGUACAAUCAGUAUGGGGACCAGGGCCCUGCAGAGACAUCCAGUCAUUCUUCAUCCCAACCGCAUCACACAUAUGGACACCACCGCACCUUCAACAGAGACUUUGAGGCAGACAUCUCCCCAGAGGAGCUCUUCAACAUCUUCUUUGGUGGCAGGUUUCCUACAGGCAACAUCCAUGUGUACACCAACCGAGGAGCCUCUUACGCUCAUUAUUAUCAGCCACGCAGACGCCGUACAUACGAGAGACGGGAGGAAGAGGUAGAGGAGAGCCACAGUCAGAACAACUUCACAGCUCUCCUGCAGCUUCUGCCAGUACUGGUGCUCAUUCUGAUAUCUGUAUUUACUCAGCUGAUGGCCACCAACCCUCCCUACAGCCUCUUCUACAAACCGUCCAUGGGGUUGGUGGUGUCCAGGGAAACCCAGCACAUGGGUGUGAUGUACUAUGUGGAUAAGAGUUUUGAGAAAGAGUACCGCGGUGCUGCCCUAGAGGAGCUGGAGAAGACCAUUGAGAGUGAUUAUAUUGACCACCUACAGAACAGCUGCUGGAAAGAGAAGCAACAGAAAUCGGAUCUAACUAACCUGGGGCAGCUGUACCGAGAUGAGCGCCUGAAACAGAAGGCAGAAACCAUGAAACUGGAUCACUGUGAAAAGCUGCAAAGCUUCAUGGGUCGGCAAAGAGGAGACUGAGGUGGCAUCACCCUCCUAGACAGCAUGGUCAAUUUAAUGAGUUUUUAGUAUCAGUUAAAUAUAUUUCAAUUUACUCGGGUGGGGCACCUUUUUGGGACGAGAAAGAAAGAACAAAGGAAAAAAAGAGACUUGUUAUAGCGGUAGCCCAAGUUGAUUUUCUUGUGAGCGUUUGUGCCUUUCAUCCCUGUUAAUGGGGUGGAAUCUGAAGGCUCACACAGCUGCAAUCUUACAAGUAACUGAUUCAGCUGUGAUGCCCAGCCUCCACACAGUGGGUGGGUGAGGUACAGUGUGUGGGAAAGUAUAAUUGUUGAACAGCAGACAUUUUUUUUCCUUACAUUAAGGAGCACCAGCUCCAGGGUGGCAGACGAUAUUAAUGCUAGUUAUUGUUGUUCACACUCCCAGUUUGUUAGUUGCCCGAGUGCUUCAAGCUUUAUUGUUAAUAGUAAUAACUUAUUUAACUUUUUUUUUUUUUUCUGAAUUUGUGCUGUGAAUUACAUUUGACAGAAUGAUUAAACUUUUAGUAGGACAAAAGUGUAAUUUUUGAAGGAAACACUAAACAAAUUGUUCUUAAAAACGGGGAUUUAAACCACUGCACAGAAUUUAAAUAAUCUAAUUUAGUAGCAAAAAUAACCUUUAAUCAGUUUUUUGGUCAUUUGUUACAAUGCUGUAUAUUUUGAACAUUAAAAGGUAUUAGGCAACCAACUGUGUUUUUAAGCAAUGUUAAGACUUAUUUUGUGAAUAGGGAAGAUUGUUUGGUGCACUGACAAACUUGCUAAAAUCAUUACCUCAGUGUUAUUCAUAGGCAGAAUUUGAUUUAUAUUAUGGCACUUGUUUGACAAUUAGUCUUAUGCUUUUGUGUAUUGCAUGAAAGGAUUCCAUGAGAUCCAUCCAUGACCGUUCUUCCUAGAGUUAAAGAUGUUACCUCUGCAGCUUACGUAAUAUCAGUAAUUAUAACUAGGCAAAUAAACGUAACUAGUGUCCAAUUACUAGAACUAGUAUUAAUGUUUUCCCUCAUGGCACUGAACACUAGUCAUGAUGCUCUAAAUAUGACAACACAAAAUUUUGGAAUGAGAUUGAAGAUUGAGAUGUUCUUAAGUGUUACAGAAGUUGUCUUGAUCCGAGAUGUGAUGAGAAAGAAUGCUGGAUGUGAUGUGGGGAGUCCGUAGCAGUUGUGGUAUUGUAAUGUUGUUUCCAUGCUGUACCCAAACAAGUUGGAAGUUUUGUUUGGAAUGAGUGCAAUUUUGUGUCGCUUAAAUAAAACAUUAAUCAAA